AUGGCAAGAGCAUGGAGGCAGAGGAGAACACCGAUGAGAAGACGAGAGCUGGAGGAAGCGAGACGCAAGCAAGUCGAUGCCAUCCAAUUUAUGCAGGCGAAACGGUGGCGCACCCUCACGGAGGACGCGUCGAGAGACCUGAGGAAGCUCUGGACGCUAGAGCGGUGGGGUAGGACACAGAGCCAUCUGCCGUCCGACCCCCCAAAGAUCCCGGCGCUACAUCGAGAAGGCAACGUAAAGGAGGAACGGAGUCAUGAAGGCAAAGCGGAGAUCUUAGCGGAAAGAUUUUUCCCGGUGGUAGAGGUGCCAACAAACCAUCUACCGGACUGGAGAGAGGGAAGAGAGGUCGAACUGCCAAUGAGUUGUAGGGUUAGUACGGACGACGUAGUGAAGGCACUACGCCGUAUGGGCCCCAACAAGGCCCCGGGAAGCGAUUGGCUCUCCAACAAGCUGCUCAAGGCGUGCGGGAGGCGGCUGGCGGAAGCGCUAGCUGUGAUUGCUACCGGGAGCUUUACCCUCGGCUCGUUCCCAGCACGGUGGCGGCAUGCGAAAGUAGUGGUUCUGAAGAAGCCAGGAAAGACGGCAGCACAGCAGAAGAUGGUAGGAGCAUGGCGCCCCAUAGCGCUCUUGAGUUGCGUGGGGAAGAUUUUGGAGACAAUUGUUGCGGACCGACUCGCCCUCGUGGCGGAGGAGCAUGGGCUCCUGCCCGAGGGACAGAUGGGGAAUAGGAAAGGGAGAUCGAUAGAGUUUGCAAUCAGGGUAGUGACGGAGACGGUGCACACAGCGUGGGAGCUAGGGGCGGUAGCUUCACUACUCUUCCUAGAUCUCAAGGGGGCAUUCGAUCGGGUUAACCAUAGGUGGCUCCUCCACACCUUGUGGGAAAAGGGGCUGCCCCAAUGGCUUCUCCAAUGGGUCGAGAGCUUCCUGACCGACUGA